ACGAAAGAGGGUCCAAACGUGAGCGUGACUGUCAAAUCUACAUGUUUUCUUUCUCUCUCUUCUCUCUUUCUCUCUCUUUCUCUCUCUAAGCAGCGAAGAAUUCAUUCAUUCAAUUCACAUUUCACAGCACACAGGUCUUCUUCUUCUUCGGAGAUUCAUCAUCACUCUUCCGCUCAAUCUUUCAAUCUCAAAUUAUAAUGUUCCCGAUUCAUAAGGGUUGGUUCUGACUUGAAUUGCCUUUUGAGUUCUGACUCCAAAAAAUUACAAAAAUGGAGGAUGAUACAUUCUCUGGUAUUGGAAAUGGUACACAAAUUGAUACUAAGAUAUUAGGAACUUUUCAGAAGAGCUUUGUACAAGUGCAGAACAUUUUGGAUCAGAACAGGUUACUAAUCAAUGAGAUAAACCAAAAUCAUGAAUCCAAAAUUCCUGAUAAUCUCAGCAGAAAUGUUGGACUAAUUAAAGAGCUCAACAACAAUAUUAGAAGAGUGGUUGAUUUAUAUGCUGAUCUUUCAAGUUCUUUUACUAAAUCCAUGGAUGUUACUUCAGAAGGAGAUUCAAGUGGUGCUGUGAAAUCAGAUGGAAAAGGUGGACACAAAAGACACAGGCCUACAUAGAAAGAGGGUUUGUUUUUCUUAAUUCUUUUGCUUUGUGGAGAAGCUUAACUUCACAAUCUUGUUGAGGUGUAGAACAUGUUUAGGCUCUUUAGUUGAAAACUGAAACUCUCUUCUUGUAUUACAGGACUUUCUUAAGCUUAUCACUUACUAUGUUUUAAAUAUAUAAAAUUUAUAUGUUGAUUAUCCAUCCCUAUUCCUCUCAUUGUAACCUUGUAAUUUUGGAUCUAAUAAAAAAUUAAUCAUGUUUCAGGUACUA